AUGAUAACCUUAGAAAUUGUAUCUUUACGCCAUCUGUCACAAGGUGGACGCUGCUGGUCGACAGGAAAUGCUUACUAUACUCCAGAAAACCUGGCCUUUAGAAAAACAACAUGGCAGAGCACUUCACACGAUGCCACAAUUUCCGGUCCCGAGAGAGCUGUAGACGGUCUAAAAAAAGACAGAUCAUAUCUUGGUAGACAGUGCAGUGUGUCAAGUGUUCAUCAAAUAACAGCUUCGUGGUGGGUUAACCUGGGCGGAAUUCUUAGCAUAAACAACAUACUGAUCUACUACAGAACUGAUAAUAUGCCCUGGAAUGAGAACAAUAUAUACACAACACGAUUCUUGGGAUUUUCUGUCUAUAUAUCCAACACAACAGACAGAAAUGGUGGAAUAUCAUGUUUCAAUGACACAAAUUAUACUAAAUUCACCAUACCAGACCAUGUAAACAUCAGUUGUCCUACAUAUGGUCAGUACGUCAUCUAUUAUAAUGAAAGACUGCAAGGAGUAUCUUACCCUGAUGAUUAUUAUCCUUAUGCAUUUGUUGAACUUUGUGAAGUAGAAGUUUAUGGAUGCCCAAUACCUGGAUAUUAUGGAUCUGAUUGUUCUCUACCUUGUCCUGACUCAAACUGUCGAUAUUGUCACAUACAAUCUGGUGUCUGUGUGGGAUGUGAGUUCGGGUACCAGGGACAUCAAUGUGAACAACAAUGUAAUCAAAGUUUUUAUGGCGAGCUGUGUAGCGAAAAGUGUGGAAACUUUACUGAUAUUCGAACCUGUAACCAUGUCAACGGAACGUGUACCAACGGAUGUGACGUCGGAGUGUAUGGAGACAAAUGCAAAAUAGCAUGUCCUGUUGGUUGGCAUGGGCAUAACUGUUCUCAGAUGUGUAGUAACUGUGAUCAGUGUGACAGAUUAACGGGACAAUGUACAUCUCCAUGUUACCCUGGAUGGAAGGGACUCUUUUGCAGGGAUGAGUGUGACGGCGGAAGACAUGGUCAGGACUGUGAACAGAGAUGUGGAGCCUGUCUGGGAUAUAAACAAUGUCACCAUAUCAAUGGUUCAUGUCUUGAAGGGUGUGACGCUGGGUUUGAAGGAGAACUUUGUACAACUGGUUGUUCAAGUGGAAAAUUCGGCAUUAAUUGUGAAGAAGUUUGUAAUGACAAAUGCGGUGAACCUAAUAAAUGCAACGGAACGACAGGAGAAUGUGAAGGUGGAUGUCAGCCGGGAUGGGAAGGACUGCAUUGCAAAAAUGGUAACAUUUAUCAGUCUCCGUCAGUUUACCAGCACUAA